AUGACGCCACCCGCGAACGCGAACGAACGAGUUGUCAUAGCCGAAUCUGGGGACGUAUUGCUUACCCUACGCAACCCGGGUGCACCCUUCGCUGUUUGGGACCAUGAAGCCGAAGAUGACGAUGCAGCCGAAAACUCUGUCAUCAAAGAAGAGGGUAAGGAAGAUGAGGAUGCAGACCAAGACCUGAAGGUAGAAGGCCCGCCACAGAAGAAGAGAAGGAUGGCAGAAAGAUCGAGGCAGGAGCCAGAAAUUCAAGACGAUUUGGGCGAUGAUGCGGAACGCUCUUGUUUUGUGUAUCAGGUCUCGUCCCAACACCUGAUCACAGCUUCGCCAAAGUUCAAAAGCGAGAUUAUGUCUUGGAGCGAAAACCACAAAGCAGACGAUGGGUUUUACCACAUGGACACCGCAGACUGGGACCCAGAAGCAUUCGCUAUACUUUUGAACAUGCUUCAUCUCCGCUUCCGCCAAGUACCCAAGAUGCUGAGUCUGGAGCUGCUUGCCAAAGUCGCCAAGCUUGUGGACUAUUACCAAUGCUGGGAAGCGUUCGACCUGAUCGCGGACGUAUGGGUUAGGAACACUCGGACAAUUUACCCAAUAUCAGACGCGUAUAGUCGCGAGUUAAUCCUGUGGAUGUUCGUGGCCUGGGUGUUCAAAGUGGACACGAUAUUUGGCAGUACCACCAAGCUGACACUGCAACUAAAUGACCGGCCAAACAUCCGCGACAUGGAGUUGGGCAUUCCACCUGGCAUUCUUCGUACGUAUGCGUCCUUGUUCUUUGAAGAUCAUCAACUAACUUGA